AUGUGUUUGGAGCUUUUUCAGCACAAUCAAGCGGAGUUUCUGCGUCGUUUUGUGACUGUAGAUGUAACGUGGGUCCAUCACUAUACAUUAGAUACCAAGCAACAGUAUAAACAGUGGACUUUACCUGGUGAAAGAGCUCCGAAGAAGGCCAAAACGGCCCCAUCGGCCGGAAAAGUCAUGGCUACGUUAUUCUGGGAUUCCCGCGGUUACCACUACGACCAAGGUGAAAAGGCGGAGCAGGCGGCCAAAAAAAUUUGUGCUGUUUAUGGACCCAAUACAGUAUCGAAUGCAACAGCAAAGCGGUGGUUCCAAAGAUUCCGUUCUGGUAACAUGGACGUCGAAGAUGAGGCACGCUCUGGUAGGCUAAUUGUCGAAAAUGUCGAUAAAAUCAUGGAAAUCGUCGAGUCGGACCGGCAUGUGAGCACUUAUUCCAUUGCCCAGGAACUGAAGAUUAGCCAGAAAACCGUUUGGAACCAUUUGCAUAAGGCUGGUCUCAAGAAGAAGCUCGAUGUAUGGGUGCCACACGAAUUGACGCAAAAGAACCUUUUGGACCGAAUUGAUGCCUGCGAUUCUUUGCUGAAACGUAACGAAAUCGACCCAUUUUUGAAGCGGAUGGUAACUGGUGAUGAAAAAUGGGUCACAUACGAGAACAACAGCCGAAGAAGAUCGUGGUCCAAUCGCGGUGAGCCGGCCCAAACGAUCGCCAAGCCCGGAUUAACGGCCAAGAAGGUUUUGCUGUGUGUUUGGUGGGAUUGGAAAGGAAUCAUCCACUAUGAGCUGCUCCCAUUGGGCCAAACAUUCAAUUCGGACCUCUAUUGUCAACAACUGACCAGAUUGAAGCAGGCGAUCGACCAGAAGCGGCCAGAAUUGGCCAAUAGGAAAAGUGUUGUGUUCUAUCAAGACAACGUCAGGCCCCACACAUCAUUAACGACGCGCCAGAAGCUCCGAGAGCUCGGAUGGGAGGUUCUAUUGCACUCACCGUAUAGUCCAGACUUGGCACUAAGCGAUUAUCACCUUUUCAAGCAUUUGCAAAAUUUUCUUGAUGGUACAAAACUAGCCUCAAGAGAGGCUUGUGAAAAUGAGCUGGCCCGUGACUUGAUGCCCGCGUUUAUAGCGCUGAACGUACAGCUGAUUCUCUUGGCAACGAGUCGUAAACAACAGAUAAUCAGUGUUGACGAAUAA